AUGGAGCGUCCGCAGCCCGACAGCAUGCCCCAGGAUUUGUCAGAGGCCCUGAAGGAGGCCACCAAGGAGGUGCACACCCGGGCAGAGAAUGCCGAGUUCAUGCGGAACUUUCAGAAGGGCCAGGUGACUCGGGAAGGCUUUAAGCUGGUGAUGGCCUCCCUGUAUCACAUCUACAAGGCCCUGGAGGAGGAGAUUGAGCGCAACAAGGCAAACCCGGUCUACGCGCCCCUCUACUUCCCCGAGGAGCUGCACCGCCGGGCGGCCCUGGAGCAGGACCUGACCUUCUGGUACGGGCCCCGCUGGCAGGAGGCCAUCCCCUACACACAGGCCACCCGGCGCUACGCGCAGCGGCUCCACGAGGUGGGGCGCGGGCAGCCCGAGCUGCUGGUGGCCCACGCCUACACCCGCUACCUGGGCGACCUGUCAGGGGGCCAGGUGCUCAAGAAGAUUGCCCAGAAGACCCUGGAUCUGCCCAGCUCCGGCGAGGGCCUGGCCUUCUUCACCUUCCCCAACAUCGACAGCGCCACCAAGUUCAAGCAGCUGUACCGCUCCCGCAUGAACUCCCUGGAGAUGACCCCCGAGGUCAAGGGGAGGAUCAUCGAAGAGGCCAAGACGGCCUUCCUGCUCAACAUUCAGCUGUUUGAGGAGCUGCAGGAGCUACUGCCCCAGGACGUGGAGGACCAGAGCCCUUCGCAGCCGGGCCUUCGCCGGCGGGCGGGCAGCGGGACACCAGCCUCCACGCCCACGGAGACCCCCAGAGGAAAGUCCAGUGUGUUCUCCCAGGCACCCCUCAUCCGAUGGGUCCUCACACUCAGCUUUCUGGUGGCAACGGUUGCCAUGGGGCUUUACGCCAUGUGA